AUGGCGUCCGCCGCAGCCUCGUCGUCGGCCGUUCCGCCGGCCGGUUCGGCCGCCGAGCCUGCCCCGACGCCGCAGCAGCUGCUGUUUGCGCGCGCCGUCAUCCUCACGUUUGAGCUGUGGCCCGCCAUGCGCCUCGCCGUCUCGGAAGAGUGGGGCGGGCCCGACAGCCUCGACAAGCGAGACUACCUGAUCAGCUACCUCUGCGACGAGCACGGCGACGCCGGCGCCGCCAACCAGCCCGACAUCGACGACCUCGCAGAGACGCUCGAGAGCUACAUUGCAGACGAGUUCGAGUGCCGCCUCGACGACGGAAGCCCCGACUGGGUGGCUGGACGCAUCGUCGGGCUCCACAAGGCCAUCUUCACCGACAACCCGGACGAGGCCAACAAGGGCCAAGAGGCCGUCGCGCAGCUCGAGACCGCGUUCCAGGAGCUAAAGGGGAAAAAGACGAACGCCUCGGCAGGUCAGGACCAGUCCGAGGUGCACGACCACCACGGCCACGGCGACUCGGACGACGACGACGAGAUGGACGAAGACGAUCAGCAGCGCGUCCAGGCCGCCCAGCGCAUGGUCCAGUCGCACGGCGGCGUCAUGGAGGCGGAUCGUCUGGGCGCAGAGGCGGGCAACGAGCAGCGCGCCAGGAGGGAGAGGCAGGAACCCAUCAUCGACGAGGACGGCUUCGAGACCGUCACCCGCAAGAGGAAGUAA